AUGGACCCGUUAAUGGUGCAAAUGAUGACCGGACAUGGCGGGUUCUCGGAAUACUUGCAUCGGUUCAAAUGCAAGGAGAGCCCAUCAUGUGCCUGUGAUCCAAUGAUGGAAGAAAGCGUAUUGCACAUCAUAACAGAAUGUCCCAUCUAUAGCAAAGAAAGAAAUAAUGUAGAAAUAGAAUUAGAAACUAAAAUAGGAAAAGAUAGUAUAUGUAAAAUAAUAGGAAACAGAAACCCAAAUCCAGGUAACCACCGAUAUCAUGUGAUCCAGGCAAACCUUCAAAGAAGUGAGCUAGCUACGGCCGAACUAAUCAUUGAAGCUACCAAGAAAAAUAUAUCAUUCGCCUUGAUUCAGGAACCGUACAUUGGUCGGAUUGGAGAGAUGAAGGUUUACCCAGGGACAAAAAUAGUGCAAUGUAACAGAAAGCCAAAUACAGAAAAAGUAAUAAAGGCGGCCAUUGCACUAUUUGACGACACCAUUUCCAUAACCCAAUGCCCUGACCUGACAACUGAGAAUAUCGCAGUAGCUAUAUUGAGGACAGGAGCCUGGGACUUGGGAGUGGUGUCCGUCUACCUGGAGGGCGACAAACCACUAGAACCUUAUCUGAAUAUGAUUGAAACGGCCGUAGCGGGCCUAGGAACUGGAAACGUGAUAUUCGGUGGAGAUAUAAAUGCCUGGAAUACUUGGUGGGGAAGCCGUGAGGUGGACAAGAGGGGGAUUGAGGUAGCAGCUAGACUCGAUCAAAUGGAGCUCCACAUUCUAAAUAACGGGACAGCACCCACUUUCGACACCAUUCGAGGCGGAAAGAGAUUUACCAGCUGUGUAGACGUAACAACUUGCUCGACGAACCUGCUCGGAAGAAUAGAUAACUGGAGAUUAUCUGAGGAAGUAACCAGUUCGGACCACAGGGCAAUCCUAUUCGAUGUAAAUUUAGAAAAAUCAUUAAGCACGGAAAUAAAAAGAUCAACAAGGAAAUUCAACACAAGAAAGGCAAAUUGGAGUGAGUUUCGUGAGAAACUCACCCAGAUUUGGCAGGAAAAGGGAAUAAAUAAAUUACAGAUUAACAAAAUAGAAAAGAAGGAAGAUCUCGAAGGGAAAGUAAGAGAAAUAACAGAAACAAUCUCUGAUGCAUGUGAACACAGCAUGCCUAAAAUUAAAAGUAAAAAACGAGUGGGAUUGCCUUGGUGGACCGAUGAGUUAACCCAAAGAAAAAAGGAUGUCUCCAGGUUAAAGCGCAGAAUUUCUUACGCGGCGCCAGUUCGCCGCGAGUGGGUCGUCGAGCAGUAUGUUAGAGCAAAAGAGGAAUACCAGCAGCAAGUUAAGAAUGCACAAACCUCCAGCUGGAAGGAUUUCUGCAGCAGACAGGAGCAGGAGUCGAUGUGGGAUGGGGUCUACAGAGUUAUAAGCCGUACUACGCAAAGAAAGGAGGAUAUCCCCCUUGUACGAGAUGGAAAGACCCUUGGAAACACGGAAUCAGCAAGAGCACUAGCAGAGACCUUUUAUCCAGAUGAUAACACCCAAGACGACGACGCGGAACACAGGCUGAAGAGAAAAAUAGCUGAAGUAGUAAAUGAAGGGUCACUUGAUGACUCAAGUGAUCCGCCCUUUACGAUUGAAGAGCUAAUGUGGGCCGCGUCGAGUUUUAACCUCAAAAAGGCUCCUGGGAACGAUGGUCUCACGGCUGACAUCUGCAUGGCGGCUAUCACUUUGGAUCCUCCAAUGUUCUUGGCAUUGGCCAAUAAAUGUCUUCAUCUGUCAUAUUUCCCCAGUAAAUGGAAGGAGGCGGCAGUGGUGGUUUUUGCCUGUUUUAGGGAAAGUAGUAGAAAAAAUGAUGGUACGAAGGAUUAA